ACUUCGCAUAUUGAUCCCUUGAAGAAAAUGUGAAGUUGUCCCAGGAGACUUAUAGCUUAAGACAAGACCUUCACUGCUAGUGCGAUCGAUCCAAGGUGAAGGGAAACUUCGCAUAUUGAUCCCUCGAAGAAAAAGUGAAGUGUCCUAGGAGACUUAUAGCUUAAGAGAAGACCUUCACCGCGAGUGCGAUCAAUAUAAAAACUUGUUUCAAGCUUGGAAAUGGAGGUCUUAGUUCUACGUUGAAAUAGUCUCUUAGCACAAAUCCCAUCGACCAAACCUGCUUCAUUAUCCGAAAAGCUCUUUUUUUUUUCUUUGGCAACAUGCAUCUUGAUACCAUUAUUCCCAUCGCCAUGUGUCUUGCCAUUUUUAUUGCCUUGAUAUCUUUUAUAGUGUUGCCGUACAUCAACAUGUUUCUUAAGGAUUCGGCUACAAGUAAGGAAGGAGACCCAAUUCCAACAAAAAAUGGAGAUAUAUUCUCAAUAUUGAACUUUGAUGGAAGGAUUGCAUAUGAAGACAUAAUUAAAGCAACUGAAGAUUUCGACAUUAGAUAUUGCAUUGGCACUAGUAGCUAUGGUAGUGUUUAUAGAGCACAAUUGCCGAAUGGCAAAGUAGUUGCUUUGAAGAAGCUUCACCAAAGGGAAGCACAGGAGCCAGCUUUUUAUAAAAGUUUUAGGAAUGAGGUUAAGAUGUUGACAGAAAUACGACACAAAAACAUUGUGAAGCUUCAUGGAUUUUGCCUACACAGGCGAUGCAAGUUUUUGAUCUAUCAAUACAUGGAAAGAGGAAGCUUGAUUUGUGUGCUUAGAAAUGAUGAUGAAGCCGUGGAGUUGGAAUGGAAUAUAAGAGUGAAUGUCAUAACAAACAUUUCACAUGCUUUGUCUUACCUUCACCAUGAUUGCAUCCGACCCAUCCUUGAUCGGGAUAUAUCAAGCAAGAACAUUCUAUUGAACUUGAAAUUGGAGGCUUUUGUUUUCGAUUUUGGAAAUUCUAGGUUUUUGGAUCCUUAUUCAUCCAAUCAUACUGUAUUUGCUGGUACUUAUGGUUAUAUUGCACCAGAGCUUACCUAUACAAUUGAUGUGACUGAAAAGUGUGAUGUUUAUAGCUUUGGAGUUGUGGCAUUAGAAGUAUUGAUGGGAACGCAUCCUGGGGAACUAUUGACAUCAUUGUCAUCAUCACCAUCUUCUUUGCAAAAUGUGAUGCUAAGUGAUAUAUUAGAUACACGUCUAUUGCCUCCAAGAAGUAAAAAUCUUACUUUGAAUAUUGUGGUUGCUGCUACACUUGCAUUGGGUUGCUUGCGUGCAAAACCAAAGUCCAGGCCAACAAUGAAAUUUGUGUCUCAACAAUUGGUUGCUUGCCAAAGACCACUCUUGAAGUCUUUUCCAGCUAUUUCUCUAUUAGAGCUGCUGAAUAGUGAAUUGGAGAUGGAAAACGAAAUAGAGCCUCUACCAAAACUUUCAAGUCGUCCAGCCGAAUACCAUGGUUCUUCCUUCAAACAAAAUCCUUAAUUUCUAAUUUUGAGAAUCAAACGGCUACCUUGUUUUGACCAGGGAUUGUCAAUAAAAACAACUUAAUUUGAUCCUGCUUUGGAAUGGGAUUUCCGAACCGAAAUAUCGGUCCGAAUAUAUAGGAAAUCGGUCUGAAUAUAUAUAUACGGACCGAUAUUGGUCCUUAUAGUUGAUCUGAAAAAACCUGGUACGAAUAAGUCAAAUAUACGGACCGACGUAUAAUCGGUUCGUAUAUAUAUACUAUCCGGACCGAAAUCGGUCCGGAUAUUUCAGUAAGAAAUAUAAAUAAUUAUUGAGAAAUUGAAAUAAGCGGACCGAAAUUGGUCCCAAAAAAAUAAUAUAAUAAAAUAAUAAAAUAUAU